UCCUGCCUUGCUGAGGGAGGGGACGGUGCUGACGGCUGGGAGGACGAAAGGAAAGACAAGAAAGCUUUCGGGAAGAUAUAAGAGAGUGGGGAACGGCCCGGGUUUCCACCGUCCGUCGGGAAAUAAACAUCCCAGUUUUCUGUAGCUGCUGGAUUUGUCACCGAAUUGGCGCUGAAAAUGUCGACCAGUCGUCAGCUUAGCGAGAGCAGGGCCAUCCCGACCAGGACGGUGUUGAUCAACGACACAACGCAGCUACCUCAUGACUAUUGCACCACCCCUGGAGGCACUUUAUUCUCUACCACUCCCGGGGGAACCCGGAUCAUCUAUGACCGUAAGUUCCUCCUGGAUAGGCGCAAUUCUCCCAUUGCCCAGACUCCCCCAGCUCACCUGCCCAUCAUCCCUGGAGUGACUAGCCUAAAUGUCCUGAGUGAGAACCGGAAGAAUGAAGCCAACAACCACAUCAACAACCACGAUGGCAAGCCCACAACCGGUGAUGAUUCUCAAUUUGAAAUGGACAUCUAACAGACUGGAACCACACCAGCAAAAGCAAAUGACCUGGCAUCACACGUGCCAGUGGCUUGGCUUGUAGAAACCGAUGUUGUGAGCCCUCAUGGCAGCCAUCUUCUUUAGCUCUCUGUCUCGCUGCUGGUUGUAAUGUGUGUAAACCAUGGGGAUUCAGUAUCUUAUACAUCUAGGUACAGUGUGGCCAACCCUGGAAACUAGGCUUAUUUAUAUAGAUUUCCAUGGUGACCAGUCGCUGUACAAAUCAAAAAUCACAAGGGAGCGGGCCUGAAUAUUAUGUUCCCAGACACAUUGUCCAAUUAGUAGAUUGCAGUGCUCAUCUUACAGCUUUCUGCGAGUCAGGAUCCUUAACAGAGCACACUGUAAAACUGAUAAUAUUCCAAGUUAAUUGGGGGAGGAAGUGGUCAUUUUUAGUACGGGCCUUAGAAUCAGUCAAAAGCUUUGAUAUUCAUCACAGUCUUUGGUUUUGAAGACCCUUGUAAGCACGUUUAUUUAAGUAAUUUUUUUUUCUUUUUGGUUUUUGGAACUACUUGAAAAGCCCCACAGUCUAUUAUCGGUUGUUAGUUUCCCGUGAUGGUAAGUAAAGGGAUGCUGUGGUUUUUGUUUUUUUUUUUCAAUUGGGUGAAGAUUUCAUGCCAUUCCAAGAUUUUAGUUUCCAGUUUUAGUUAUAAGCAUGCACGAGUUUUCAAUUUUCAGGGGAAAACAUUUUUUUAAUGAAUUUUAGUCCGCGAUUUCAUUGUUUUUGUAAUCAAAUGAUUGUAUUUCCCACUAUUAUAUAAAUCUGAAAAAUUGAAAAGAAGCUUUUUGUUUUAGAAUAAAUUUCAGUACAGAAUUAACAAUAUCAAGCUACUCGAUUCAUCACUAUCAUUACCUUUGCCAUAAAUCCAUUUAUGCAUUUCUCUCCUGCCAAGAGAGGUAAUAUCUCCAGAUUUGAUGGCUACUUUGGUUUGUUGUGUUGGCAGGAGCUCUCUCUUCAUAAUUUGAUCCAUCCUGACAUCUGUCGGGUGUUUUUGAAUAUCCAUACCGGAUAUACAUUUAGAUUAAUGUGGAAGUGGUUAAGACCCCAUUUGUAAUUUUUGGGGUGAAAUACAAGAAGAUUUUUGAAAAACUUGAAAAAAUCCAGAUGUUUUAUAUGCAUUUUAUUUUUUAAUACAGUUUCUUAGAAUUGAGGGUAUUGGUUUAAACACGGUCAAGCCUUUGGAUUUGUUAUAAGUGUCGAGGAAAUAGAAGACAUUGUUUGCAUCAGGCUUGAUGGAUGCUAACCCCUUAAUCUACAAAUUUGUCCCCAGUGUCCUUACUCCACAUUACACAUUACCUUAUUAUUUCCAUGUGUCAUGUCUGCCCAUGCCUUACUUGACAUCAGAUGCAGUAACUAAAACUAGGUUUUUUGUCACCAAUUUGUACUUUCCAACAGAUGUUUAUUUUUUCACUGUAACACUGAACAGGUAACAUUGUACUUAGAAAUUAAGCCAAACAAAUACUUGUUGAGAAAAUGUGGGGGGUUUUCUACACAAGUUCCUUCCUCAAGCAGCUGUGAAGUUGGAAAGUGACUGUGUACAUGUCAUAUUGGGAUUCUGAAAUUCAGAUGCUGAUGUGAUUAAAAGAGUGCCACAUGCUCACUUAGUUUUGUUUUGUUUUGUUUUGUUUUGUUUUGACCCCACAAUCCUACUUCUGUCUGCUAGUUGUACUCUGUCCAAAUAGCAGCUCCGAACUUGGCAAACAAAUCACCAUGAAGUUCCUGGUUUUCAUUCAUACCAUAAUAUAAUUUUUCUGUAUGACUGGAACCACUGAAUGGCUGAAAAUUAUGUCUAUCAAAGAUUAGAUUUUUUUCUGUUUGGCUUUGUAAUUAAUUCUGGCCAGGUUUGGUGACAAACACAUUGAGGGGUUGCUUGAAACCAAUUUUCAUUGCACAUUUUUGCGAUAAAACUCUACAUUACAGCAUCACAAUUCAGAUUUCUUUCAAAUCAGUUUGGUUUGACAACGAGGGCUUAACAUUGUGGGUUGAAGGAGAUUUGAAACAAACUUACUGUAACUUUCUGUUCUGAUUUUAAAUAAUCUUUAUUUUAAAUUAAAUUCCAAUGCCAGUGGACACUGUUGCUGCAAGAUCAAUAAAGUUCUGUAACAAAGAAAA